AUGCAGAAGUUUCUUGAUAUAAGUAUACCGGCGGUGGUUACGCCUCUCAUAUCUAUCAAGCUUCCGAAUAUAAGGCGCAACCUUGUUCGGCGGAGCGAGCAGAUGCUCGCGGUGAUAGUUCCUUACUGCUAUGGAGGGGAAUGUAAGUUCACAGAAGCGGUAACCCAGCCGCCUGGUGAUUCAAUUUCCAGCCUUUGUUUCAGUCCCAGGGCCAAUUUUGUUGUCACUACUUCAUGGGAUAACCAGGUUCGAUGUUGGGAGGUUUCAAGGAAUGGAACUGUUAUCAACAGCACACCCAAGGCUUCAACAUCUCAUGACCAACCAGUUUUGUGCUCCACUUGGAAGGAUGAUGGAACACCAGUUUUCUCCGGAGGCUGUGACAAGAGAGCAGUGUUGAGCGAGAUGAUAUUAAAGAACUUUUUAGUGAGCUAUCAAUGUUUAAGAAGAAUUAUGACCAUCUUCCAAAAGAUAUAUACUUUGAAAAUUACAAAGAUUUUGUACGUGGGAAUCCAAACUACUUUUUGACUUAAGAAAAUGGUAAAUCAGCUGCCUGUAUACAAGAUCAUCUUCGUCCAAAUGGUGCACACAGAUGGGAUAAGUACAUGAAAUCCCCAACUGAUGAGUAUUCAUUAUAGUGUUCAUUAUUUCCUCUGUAGUAAGUUCAAUUACUCUCUGCUGCUACAAGGACAAUAACACAGCCAUGGCUGCUUCAGUUUCAACCAUAGGAGCUGUCAAAGGAACUCCAGUGAGUUUGAAUGGUUCUGGAGCUGUGGCUUCAUCAGUUCCCAAUUCAUCAGCUUUCUUCGGAAGCAACUUGAAGAAGAUUACAUCAAGAAUCUACAGCAGUAGCAAGGUUUCCUCCGGAAGCUUCAAGAUUGUGGCGAUCGAUGAGGACAAGCAGACAGGUACGGACAGAUGGAAAGGGUUGGUCUAUGAUAUCUCAGAUGACCAGCAAGACAUCACAAGAAGGAAGGGUAUUUUGUAGUUUUUAGAGGAUGUAGAUAAUGUAAUAGUUAUUGGAAUUGUAAUGCAUGUAUUACAAAUUUAUGGGUAGUUGUUAUCACUUUGAUUUUUUGUUAGAGCUUGUCAUGUGAUCAAUCACUAUAUUUGGUGUACAAGUUUAUGAAGGUUUUAUAUUGUUAAUAGUAAUUAAAAUUGUUAUGAA